AUGUUUCAUCCUAAAGAACUUGUUCAUGGUGGUCUUUUAGAAACAGUGUGGAAAGCUGUACAUGAUAUUUCGACCGAAGCAGAUGAUGAAGAAAUUCAUUUACCAGAAAUAUGUCGAAGGUUGGAUACUUGGAUAUUCAGUGAGGCUUACCAAGAAGACAGAAGAUUGUCUUUGAGGACUUCAGCAACACUUAUCACUGGAGUUGCCAAAUUGUACAAAAUUAGUAUUUGUAAGCUGUUUGAAGAUUCGUCCUCUUCAGGUUCUUAUGAUUCCUCGGAGUAUGCAGCCACUCCUGAGCAGACAAGACAUGGAAGUGUACAAGAUUUCGGUAAAUCUUAA